AUGCUGAGUGGGCUGGUGUACCAAACGGCCGGCACGCUGGUCUCUUACCUCCGGUACCCGACGGUGGUGGACGUACUCAUCGAGAGCACGCAGACGCUGCGCUUCCCCGGCAUCUCCGUCUGCCUCACCAACUGGAUUGACAAAGACAAGCUGUGCUACCGCUAUCCACGGUUCUGCAACAUUACCAAAGACAAGUUUCCUGAUCUGCGGCGCGUGCUGGACGAAGACGGGAACCUGGGAGAGAUCGCCCUGAGACCCGCAGAGAUCCUCCAGACGACCAUCGAGGACCCCUCACUCUACUACUACAAGUUCAUUCUCGAGGACACGCAGAUCAAGCAGACCUACUCACGACUGCCCAAAUACAUGUGCUACACGCUGAACUGGAGAGGGAACGCUGACAUGGUCUCCUUUCACGAGUUUCCGCCGUUGUUCGACUUCAGCCUGUUCAUCACGUGGAAGAUCAAGCGCCUGGUGCCCCUGGAUCGGUACAUGGCGGACCUGGGCUUCCACCACGUGGACAACCUGGACGCCGGCGCCAAGCCCACCGCACUGCUCGAGCCCAAUGGAAACUACGAGUACAGCAUAGAGCAGAGAGGCAACGUGGCACUUCCAGCUCCAUACGACACCAAGUGCGUGGACUACAGAAGCUUCGGCAAGCAUCGCUUUUACGACGCCUACAUGACCCAGGCACUCUGCAUGGAAGAGUGCCGGACGAACGUGACGUUCGACCAGUGUGGCUGCAUCAUGAAGUCUUAUCCCUUCAGAAACAGACUGGACAAGGUCAUGUGCGACGACAAACUGACAUGUGCGUUUUCCAUAUGCUUCUUCUCGAAUGUACCCCUUAACGACAGACCCAAACAUUGAGAAGAGGCACAGCAGAAGCCGCUAGCGCCUGAGGU